AUGUUCAACUCGGCCCAUGCGGUGCUGGAUUUCUCUUUUGCCCCUGGCAGAGAUCGAGAUCUGUCCGAUCUGCCGUUCGAGGCAAGAAUGUUGCAGGAUCUGGCGGCAGAGGAGGUGCGCGAGCUGAACGUGACGCAUGCGCAGGUACUCAGCCUCACCUCUGCCCCCGGUGCCCUCAUCAACGAUGUGCUGCAACACGUCACGGUGCUACGCGCAGCGCACAACAGCAUUAGCAGCCUUCACGGGAUCGAGGCGUUUUGUGCGCUGGAGGUACUUGACCUCCGCCACAACCGCCUUCGGGUUGUGGAUGCACAUGCGGCAUCGCUACUCAGGACGCUGAAGCAGCUGCGCAGUGUAGACUUCUCUUAUAACAACAUGAGCCUGUUUGAUCUGGACGGCUCUGUCGGUGCGCCGUCCUCCAGGGCCACCGGACUAGGCGCAGGUGCGGCGCCGUCGUCUUCAAGGAGCGGCUCUGGGAAUGGCAGUGGCCGCCUCUCCCUCUCCCUUGUCGACCCAUCCGACAGUUUGCUCUCUUUGACUACCAUGAACUUAUCUCACAACGCGUUCAUUGACCUCCCAAGCCUGCGCAGUACGCCGUGCCUGCAGGUGCUGAACAUGAGCCACAAUAGGCUAGAUGCCCUCGUCGACUUCGACAUGCGUCUGCCGCUUCUCUCGCUGCACUCGCUGGCGCUGCACUCGAAUCAGCUGCGAACUGCCACAUCGCUGGUGCCCUUGUGUGCCCUGGCGGCCACGCUCAAACACGUGCAGGUCUUUCGCAAUCCUUUCACGCUUAUGCAAAGUAGAUCCAAGGCCGCUGUUGGCACCAUCACCAGCAGCGGACCCGCCCAUCAGUCGGGAGGUGCGCUGGAUGAGUCGAUGUGGUGGCGCCCCUUCUUGCUGUGGCUCUGCCCGCUGCUUGUCACUGUUGACCAGGUGGAAUUUACGGCGGGCGAGCGGCGAGUGGCGGGCGUCAUGCUGUUCCGCGAGAACGGCUUACUCUCCAGGUCACGCUUGGAGUAUAUGAACCCGCAGCGGAAGGACGACCUGGAGGCGUACCUGCGGCGCAAGAGCGAGUCCAUCAUGCCUCCGCACGACGCAAUGACGAUCAUAGACAACAUUGAGCGGCAGGAGAAGUUGCAGGAGUGCUCGCGUGGCGUGCGGGAGAGCGACACUGGCGAGGUAGGACAGAUGGUGCUGCCCAUCUCUCGCAUGAACCCCCCUCGGAUUCGUGAGGCGGCGCCACCGCACCGCCUCACUAACGGCAUCCUGACCACAUCACCGAGCACGUACCAUGAUCCCUUGGCGCCGGACGUAGUCGAGCCAUCCACGGCAGAGACGACGUGGGUGGCGCAGUCUUCGCCCGGAGCAGGUGAUGCGACGAACCGAUCCUUGUCUGGCGGUCGUGUUGUGAUGUUUACUGGGGAGACACCGCUUUGCAUGAGUCCCCACCCCAACGCCGUGCUGGCCCCAAACCACAGCCACCAACGUGCACCGCCCGCCUCCAUGACGAGCUUCGUGCGCGCAGUGCAAAGGAAACUGCGGUCAUUGGAGGAGGUAGUGGCGGUGCUGUGGCGCGCUGACCUGUCGCGGCGCAUUGCGGCCGCCAUUGUUAUUCAGCGCUACAUGCGAGGUGCGUUGGCGCGCAUGCACCUGUCCGAGGAGGAGGCAGAGUGCUGUCGCUUCAUUCGAUACCAGCUUCAACAGACGACUGUUGCGCAGGCAGCGCAUGGGGUCAGCAGAAGAGCAGCACAUGUGGGCGCCCGUGACGCUGGCGGCGCCAGCAGUGAUAGCGUGGCGACGAGGAGCGCGAACCAGCGUCACUCGUUGUUGGAGCCGGCCGAAGACACCUGCUCAAACAUGCAGGAGAUUCUCAUCUCCAUGCGUAGCCUACAGGAGGUGAUGAGUAAUAUGUGGGUCGAUCUCGAGGAGUAUCGCGCGAUGGCGGACCGUGAGCAGCGGCGCGCUGCUGUUUUUAUUCAGCGACACUACCGCGGCUAUCGCGCACGCUGUGAGUACGGGAGAGUUUUGAAGCAUCGCCGUUCAUCGCCACCACCUGCGUCGUCGUGCACCACUGCAUGUCAGUGCGCUUCAGAAACCGCUUCUCUGCAGCAGGUGGUGAGUGAGCUGCGUAGCGAGGUGCGGGAGCUACGUGAGCUUCUCCAGCAGAAAACGCACCAACAACGACUGGCCACUUGCGGCGACCCGGAGAAGGCCAUAGACGAAAUUGUUCGCAAAUACGAGCAGCGAAGCAGUGCGGCUCAACAAGCUGAGCCGACGGACCCCCCGAACCUGCACGAUGACACCCAACCUUCCAGUGCCAUGCCAAGCUUCACCGAGCCAGCAGUUGACGUCGGCGCGUCACAGGAGAAGGCGGCGACUGUCAUUGCCCAGGAUCAAGGCCUGCUGAUGAAGGGCAACAGCUACGAGGAGGGCGCCGUGAGGGUGUCGAAGAACAUGCCACACUUCACCGAGCAGACUUCUUCGCUCGACAGCAUGUCUCAGAAACGAGAAUAUGCGCCGGGCCAGCCGACGCUUAUCACAAAGCCACGGCCAAGGCUGGAGAGCAUGGAGAACUCUAGGCAAGCUCGAAAUGAGUGCGUGAAGCUGGAUUGA